AUGGACGGUCGAAUCGAUACCGCCGCCAUCACCACCCCCCCGCGCCUCGCCCUCGACGCCGACGCGCUCCUCGCGUACGUCUCCCGCCACGUCCCCGCGGUCCGUCGCGCGGGCCGUCGCAAGGUGCGAUCGCUCAUCGUGUCGCAGUUUGGGCACGGGCAGUCCAACCCGACGUACAAGGUGACGUGUGCAGACGCGUCCGGGGCGCCCGUCCCGAACCUGACCUUCGUCCUGCGCAAGAAGCCGCCGGGGAAGAUCUUACGAUCGGCGCACGCGGUGGAGCGCGAGCACGCGGUGCAAUCGGCGCUCGGCGCGCUUCGAAGGAACGGAACGGGCGGCGGGGACGUCCCGGUGCCGACGAUGCUGGCGCUCUGCGAAGAUCCGUCCGUGGUGGGCACGCCGUUCUACCUGAUGUCCUUCGUCCCAGGGCACGUGUUCACGAAACCCGGGCUGGACGCCCUCCCGUCCCCGGCGCACAGGCGCGCGGUGUACGACGCCAUGGCGGACACACUCGGCGCGUUGCACAGGAUAGAUCCCCGGCGCAUCGGCCUCGGAUCGUUCGGGUCUGGGGUUAAAAGUCUCAGCUCGGGUCGGGGGUCUAGUCCCGGUUCCGGUCCGGGUUCCGGCGGCGCAAGCUGGAGCGAACGCCAGCUGGAGCGGUGGGCGCGUCAGUACUCGCUGUCCCUCGUCGGCGACGCCGACCCGGAGCCGGUGGUGACCGCGCUCAUUGAAUGGCUCCGAGCCAACCGACCUAUCGCCGAGCCGGGGGGAAAAUUGGUGCACGGAGAUUUCCGACUCGAUAACAUCGUGUUCGAAUCGCCGGUGGGACCGGGUCCCGCCGGUACCGGCAAACACAAAGACAAAGAUAAACCCGCGCCCGGCCGUGGUGUGCUCGCGGUGCUCGACUGGGAGCUCUCCACGCUGGGCGCCCCGUACGGCGACGUCGCGUACUGCUGCAUGCCCUACCACCUGCCGCCGGCGGCGGCGUCGGGUGGGGCGCCCGCGGCGUAUCCCGCGUUCGCGGGUUCGAUCCCGCCGAGCGGCGUGCCCACCGAGGCGGAGUUUGUACACAGGUGGUGCGUCGCGUCGGGUUUGCCGAACCCGCGGACGAGGACGGAACGCGUGGCGGGCGACCCGAGGGGCGCGAAGAAACCGGUGCGUUCAUCUUAUUAA